AUGUCAGAGGUGCUAAAGUGCUAUGAUGUUUUAUGUGGCCUCGAUGAGCGACUAGCCGAAUUGGGAGAUUUGCUAUCACUCGAUCACUUGCUACCCUUGUAUUUUGAGGACUUGCUACCCUUGUAUUUUGAGGACUUGCUAUCCUUAUUUUUAAGGUCAGAAGUGCGUGAUGGCUGCUAUGGCACAUCAUGUGUGCUAAGCGCUGUGAUAACAUGCUAUUAG